UCAAUUAGAUUGAAUAAGCAUCUUUACAGCUCAAUUGCACUACUUUCUCUGGAGUCUCUUAAAACCAGAGCAGGAUUAUAAAAGGAAAAAAAAGUGGGUAGUGGGCAAAACAUAAGGUAAAGCAGAAUAAGUUCCAACCCACAUAAGCGAGGCAAGGAAUACACCAAAAACGAUUAAAAUAUGCACUAAAUCAAUUAAAAAAUAAGGUUAACGGAAGCUAACAGCGCCGUUAAGGUUGGUGGACGACACACAGAACAGUAAUCGACGUGCAUAGAGAGAUGGGAGGUAAGAGUGCUGAGGAGGCCUGAGAAUGGAUACUGAAGUGAAAAAAGCAGAUGGGCAUGUGGCUUUCCUCAGCAAAUGCCUCAAAAUCCAUUCUUUUUGCUUUUCAUGAUCGAAUCUGCAGUUGAAUCACUCUUUUCCUGAUGCCUUCGAUAUUCACCUCCUUAGUUUUGCUCUGUCGGCUUUCUCAAAUCCGCCUUAGUGUAUCUUUAUUCUUAGCUUCUGCUGCUCCUAAUCUAUGUACCCAAAUCCAGUUCACAGGAAAAAACAGAGUCUUUUUCCCUCGCAGGCAUAUAACUGUCCAGCCAGAGCCAGAGCGACAGCGAGCAGUUGAGUUGCAGGCACUCGGGUGGAUUGUGUUGUGUGGGUGAAGUGACGUGAGGCUUCAGGUUCGAUCCCGUGGACUGGAAUAGGAAGAUGGAGCGGUGGGUGUGGGUUGUUAUGUGGUUGAGUUUGAGCAGUGGGUGGAAAUGGACGCGUGCAAAGGGAAUGGGAAUGAAUUGGGGGACGCGGGCAACACACCCAUUGCCGCCAGACAUAGUGGUGGGGCUGCUCAAGGACAAUGGAAUAACCAAGGUGAAGCUGUUCGAUGCAGAGAAGCAUGCAGUCAGGGCCCUGGCCAACACAGGGAUUGAGGUCAUGGUGGGUAUACCCAACGACCAGCUUCAGGUAAUGGCCACGAGUUCUAAGGCUGCUGUCAACUGGGUCGAAAGCAAUAUCACCGAAUUCAAAUUAGAUGGCGGUGUCAAUAUCAGGUAUGUUGCAGUUGGAAAUGAGCCUUUCUUGACGGCAUACAAUGGUACCUUUGUACAAUAUACAUUUCCAGCACUUGUAAAUAUCCAGAAUGCACUUAACAAGGCUGGACUAGGGAAGGAUGUGAAGGCAACUGUUCCCCUUAAUGCAGAUGUGUAUGCUGGAACUCUUCCUUCAGAGGGAGAUUUUAGGACUGAUGUUCGUGAUUUGAUGAUACAGAUGUGCCAGUUCUUAUCUAGUAAUGAUGCACCGAUUUCAGUUAAUAUCUAUCCAUAUUUAAGUUUAUAUACUGAUGCGAAUUUUCCUGUGGAUUUUGCUUUCUUUGAUGGUAGCCAGAUUGUAGUUGACAAUGGCUUGCAGUAUUCAAAUGUGUUUGAUGCGAAUCUUGAUACGCUGGUUUGGGCCCUAAAGAAGGCAGGUUUUCCUAAUCUGCCCAUAAUCAUAGGAGAAGUUGGUUGGCCAACAGAUGGGGAAAAAAGUGCCAAUAUUAAUUAUGCACAAAGGUUUAAUCAGGGUCUUAUGAAGCAUUUAAUGAGUGGACAAGGUACACCUAUGAAGGCUGGAAUUGUUGAAACAUAUCUAUUCAGUCUUAUUGAUGAAGAUGCAAAAAGUAUUGCACCUGGUAAUUUUGAGAGACAUUGGGGCAUUUUCCAGUAUGAUGGGACGCCCAAGUAUACACUUGAUCUCACAGGCAAAGGACAGAACAAAGCAUUGGUUCCUGCCAAGGGUGUUAAAUAUUUGCGCAAACAGUGGUGCAUUCUCAGUCCUAAUGCAAACCCCUCAUCAAUGGCUACGUUAAUCAAUAGUGUCACCUAUGCUUGCACAUAUGCUGAUUGUACUGCCUUGGGGUAUGGAUCAUCAUGUGGUGACUUGGAUAUUCGAGGCAAUGCAUCAUAUGCUUUUAACAUGUACUAUCAGGCUCAAAAUCAGGAGAAUACUGCUUGUGUUUUUUCUAAUCUGGCUACCGUAGUUACCAUGGAUCCAUCACAACCUUCCUGUAAAUUUGAGAUUCAGAUAGCAGUAGGUGCAGCAAGCAUGCCUACAAAGAGUUGCAUUAACUUUAUUGCCAUAAUAGUUGGGGCUGUGGCUGUUCUUUUGUCAUUUUUAUAAAUAUCUGUGCAGAUUUCGGUGCAUUCUUUCGUAUGCAGAUGCCAGCAGCUUUUCUUUUUUGCCUCUGUAACAGUGUACCAUCACUAUCAGAAGUCACCAACACUUCAAAUUGUCGACAGUUUUAUGACGUUUGAAUGCCAUGUAGACAUCAGUAGUACCUGAAGCAUUGUCGGCAUCUACAAAAGUCACAGCUUUUCAAAUCAUUGAAUGCAUAUCCAAUUUUUUUUUGUGGAGUUGAAAUUCAUGCUUGUAAAUGAUGCUGAUUCUUACAUUGUUUCAAGUGUCUACAUGUAAUAAGUCAUGGCGUUUAUGUAUAAUAGCGGGCGAGAUAAAUAUGUUGAAUGAACUGUUUUUUUGUUUUGUUUAAGGAACAGGGUCCAGGCUGAAACUCAGCAAUCGUUGUCCUUUUACUUUUCCAUUUGAGCUAGCAAGCAAAAUGAAAUAACUCAUGCUACCUUCUCUUCUUGGUCCCAUGUAUAGCUACUUCUGUGGCACGAAUGUUUGGAAGAUUCAAAUCUCUCCUAUAUUCAAAGCUGAAUCAUGAUAUGCAACAUUAAUCAAAUUGGUUUACAUACUGCCAAACAGGCCUUAUAGUAA